GCUCUAAGUUCAAAAAUGGAAAACGCUCGGCCACUCCGCAAGCACCAAACACGGUGUCCAUGGCAGUGAUGCCUCGCUUCCACUCCACCACGCCCACUCCCCGCCUCCUCCGCCGCCUCUCCUCCACCUCCGCCUCCACCUCGGCGCCCCCACGCUGCUGGGAUCCCAGCGCCGCCCUCACCGCGGCCACGGAGCGCGUCCGCGCCGGGACGCUCAGCCCGGCAGACGCACACCACCUGUUCGACGAAUUGUUGCAGCGGCCAACCCCGGUCCCUGGUCCAGCCCUGAACGGCUUCCUCGCGGCCCUUGCCCGUGCUCCAGCCUCCGCCGCCUGCAGAGACAGCCCCUCCCUCGCCGUCUCUAUCUUCAACCGCCUGUGCCGAGAAGCCAGCCCACAUGGACAUGCGUCGCCUCUUACAGCCCACACCUACGGCAUCCUCAUGCGCUGCUGCUGCCGCGCGCGCCGCCCUGGCCUGGGGCUUGCCUUCUUCGGCCGCCUCCUCAGGACGGGCCUGAGGACAGACGGCGUCGACGCAUACGCCCUCAUCAAGUGCUUCUGCCUCGCAAAACGGACAGACGAGGCUGUCAGCGUGCUGCUCCAUAGGAGCCAGCGAGCGCUCGGCCUGCUCCAGAUGAUGUGGAAAGAAGGAGGUGGCUGCGCCCCUAAUGUGGUGGCGUAUAGCACUGUCAUCCACGGCUUCUGCAAGGAAGGCAAAGUAAGCAAGGCAUGCGAGCUGUUCAAUGAAAUGGUGCAGCAAGGAGUUAAGCCUAAUGUGGUGACAUACACCUCAGUGAUUGAUGCGCUGUGCAAGGCAAGAGCAAUGGACAAGGCAGAGUCAUUCCUUCGGCAUAUGGUUGAUAAUGAUGUUCGACCCAACAACGUGACAUAUAAGUGUAUCAUCCAGGGAUAUUCCUCUUUGUGCUGGUGGGAAGAGGCAGUAAAAAUAUUCAGAGAAACGACAAGCCGGGGUCUUAUACUAGAUGAUGUUACUCGCAACUCGUUCGUGUCCUCCCUUUGCAACCAUGGAAGAAGCAAGGAAGCUGCGGAGAUUGCCCAUCAGAUAAUUGAAAAUGGAACAACAGUGAGCAUUUCCACAUACGGUAUAAUUCUUGGAGAACUUUGUAGGAAUGAUUGCACCGAGGAAGCAAUCGUACUGUUCCACAAAUUAGGUGCAGUGGAUGUGAAGUUCGAUAUUACAAUAUUCAAUACCAUGAUUGAUGCAAUGUACAGGGUUCGAAGAAGAGAAGAAGCUAACAUUUUGUUUGCUGCAAUAUCUGCCAAUGGAUUGGUACCUAAUGCUUCUACUUACAGAAUAAUGAUAACAAAUCUUUUAAAAGAAGGAUCAAUGGAAGAAGCUGAUCAUAUGUUCUCAUCAAUGGAGACGAGUGGUUAUGCUCCCAGCUCUGUUCUGUUAAAUGAUAUCAUUAGAAUGUUGCUAGAAAAAGGUGAGAUAGUCAAGGCUGGAAAUUAUUUGUCUAAAGUUGAUGGGAAGAGCAUCUCACUUGAAGCUUCAACUGGUUUGUUGAUGAGGCAUCUAUUUUCAACGGAAGGAAAAUAUCAUGAGCAAAUAAAAUCACUCCCUGAAAGGGAAAUGUAUAGCCAAGAAUUCACCGGUGCGAGUUUUCGCUUAAGUCCACAAGGCACCAACACCAUUUUGGUGACAGAGGAGAAGGAACUAAAGCAUUUGCUUGACGAGAAAUUCUUGCUCUCACGCACAUGUACAGUCCUGUCUGGUUUUGGUGCCCUAAAUGCUCCACUGCUGCGACUUUUACUUUCUCUUUUACAACUUGAAAGUCAGUUGUUUUACAACAUAGCCUGGGGAUCAGAGUGAGAGCAAAGACACAGGAGCAGCACAAAACAUGAUAUCUUGCUGGACUGGCAUCAAUGGGGUUGGCAACACUCUGCUCGGGCUCUGUGAAGAUGUUCUGGACAAGUUUGUGUUUGACUGUUUGUUACAGUUCACUGAUGAUCUUAAUCUGGUUCGCGAAAUUCCGAGAAUUGUUUCAGGCUUUAUUUGAUACCAACUGGAGUGUCUGUUAAUACUCCUUUGAUUUACUCUUCACAUGCAUCACAAAGAUUCUGUGUAGACAUUUUUGUUUUCCUUGUUAUACUCCACCAAGAAUGCUGUCGAGUCUUUGCUCGGGCUUUUCUCAAUCAUCUGGGGACAUGAACUAGAACCAUUCCUGUCAAGACUAGCUCCCUGGAAAUUAAGAUAAGACACAAUCCCUACAUAUAUGGUAGCUGAAACUUUGUAUUCUAGCUAGUUAAGCUGGCCCCUCUUUUGUGUAAAACUCUUGUAUGUCUUGUGUAGUAGUACAUGGAUUGCAGAUUUUAGUAAAAUAUUCUUUGCUUAAGAGAUUUUUGUAGGCUCUG